CAAAAAACGGUCACUACGCAAUAUUGAUCCAGAUGUCGAUUCGCCGUGUAAGUGCCCCGGAGAAGGGAGGAGGAUAACGCGAGAUGUGUCCGAGAGGGAUGCUGCGACGUCCAAAGCCAUCCGACUCUGAGGCGGACCUCCUAAGAGAGCAGGAGAAGUUUCUGACCUCUGGGGCACCUUCUUCUGCCAAUGUGGUCCGCAGACCCGACAAGAGGAGAGGCCAGGCUGGAGAAGGAGGGCAAGAUAACGUGGCUAAUGAAGGGAGACAGAGGGAUGUUGUCACUAUAGAAGAUCUUCCGGACCAACUCCCGUCACUGACGCCAGCCCCUCCUAAGAAGUCUCGGUUCAAAGCCGGUCGCGUUACCUUCGAGGAUGAGGAUGCUGGCGAGAGGCUGGACCGACAUGACAUUCACGUCAGUGCUAUUCUCUCAAGAAUAGUUGAAAGAGAUACCAGCUCUACUCCGAUAUCUCUACCAGCACACACAGGCAUGGCUUUCCCUAAAGUUAUGCACCGUUCAGGAACCAGCAGUCAGGUGCCGCUGUCGUCCGCUGCUGGAAAGAAGAGCCUCUUUGCACGUGAGUUAGCAGCUCAGCGGCUGAAGGAGGGACAGACAGCUUUACGCUGCGCACCAGAAGCUUCCCACACACCUGAACGCAGAGAGCAGAACCUGCCGCCUGACAACAGCAUGGAGACGGACCAGCGUGGCGCAGCAGGCCAUCAGCCAACUGCGGUCACAGGUGCCGGUCGGGGGGUCGGGGGCCCAGAUAGCUCAGCGGAAAGCACGCGGAUCCACAGGGAGAACCAGGCUAAGCUGCAGGCCAUGUCUCAGUCCGAGAUUCUCCUGGAGCAGAAGAAGCUCUUGUCUCAGCUCGAUCCCAAACUAGUGGACUUUGUUAGAUCUCGCAAAGCCCAGAGUGGCCCGUCCUCUGCCUCCUCAUCCAAACAACCCCAGGGCGAAAACAGCAAGCACAAUUUUCCUCUUGAAAAUAGGAACAGACAACCAGUCUCCUCCGAUGCUGCUUUGCUGUUUAAAACCCCCCCAGAAGUAGAGAUGGAGCAGGAGGACGAGGAGGAGGAGGUUCUGCCACCACCUGCUGUGACAGAAAAGGACCUGCUGCUGAAGCCUCAGAAGGAAUGGGUCAACAUGGAUAAGCUGGAGCCGGAGAAGCUGGAGUGGAUGAGAGACUUGCCUGCGCCCAGAAAGAAAGGAACCAACAAGGCCAUGCAGGCUCGGUUUGACUUUGCUGGGGCCUUGAUUCCUCCCACUGAGGAUUUGCCCACCCAUUUAGGCCUGCAUCAUCAUGGGGAGGAGCCUGAGCGGGCCGGUUACUCCCUGCAAGAGCUAUUCCUGCUGUCUCGGAGUCAGCUCAUCAGGCAGAGGAGUUUGGCCCUAGGCACCCUGGCCAACAUCCUCUCAAAGGCCCGAGCUGGGGAGUACCGGUCAGUUCUGAAGGGCAGCGUGGUGUCCACGGUGCUGGACGCGGGCCUGCUCUUCCUGCUCCGCUUUGCCCUGGACGACAGUGUGGAGGCAGUGAUGUCUGCAGCCGUGCACGCACUCAAAGCCCUUCUUGUGUGUGAAGACGAUGAAGAGUGUUUGGACUGCACCUUCUCUUGGUUUCGCGGCCUCGCCUCCUUCCCCCUGCUGCCGUCUGCUCAGGAGGAGGAAGAAGAAGAAGAGCAGGACGAAGGGCUGCCCGAAAGUAUGAAGGAGACGGCUGAGGAGAAAGAGGAGAGGAAGACUGAUCACGAUGUGGCCAGGCAGGAUGUUGUCAAGGGUCUGUUAAAGAUAAAACUGCUCCCCAGGCUGCGUUACAUCCUUGAGGUGUUCCGACCUUCUCCUCCAGUGGUCCAGGACGUCCUGCAGAUCCUCACUCGUAUCGCUAGGCACUCGUCCAUCUCUGCCACCCAGGUGCUCGAAUGUCCUCGCCUGAUGGAGACGGUGUUGUCGGAGUUCCUUCCCGCUUCCUGGACGGUGCCCUCUUCGGCCGUUCCUCAGUCUGUGUACGGGCUCCCGCUGGCCGGCGCCUUGAAGCUGUUGAGAGUGUUGGCCACCUCUGGCAGACAUGCCUGUGCCAGGCUGUUCAACUCCCUUGGAGUGAGGGAGCGUCUGCCCUGUCUGCUGAGUGUGGAGCCCGCUGAGCUGCUGGUGGAACCGACCGAGGCCCUGAGGAUCACCACCGAGGCCUACAGGCUGUGGGCGGUGGCAGCCGCCUACGGACAGGCCUGCCAGCUAUACAUAGACCUGUAUCCGGGCUUAGCGAAGACGUUGCAGUCGGUUCACGCGGUCCUCUCCCUCGCGGAUCCUCUGCUGCCUCUGCAGCUCCAGCGGGUCCUCGCUCUCCUUUCUCUGCUCACGCAGGUCACACACACAGCCGGAUGCCACCAGGAGCUACAGACUGGCAUGGUCAGCUGCCAGGGAGAGGAAUGCCCCCCUCCUCCCCCAGUGUCUUGGGGUCAUGUCACAGGGUUGCAGGCUUCCCUGUUGGGACAUUUGAGGGGCUUUGUGAAGGACCUCGAUAAUCCAGUUCAGAGAGACGUCAGCCUGGUCGUCAUACCGGCUUACUUAACUUACCUCGAAGCUUACUACCAUCAGCUCUCCCGACAGAACUGUUUCAAGCCGGUCGAGACCCUUCAGGAAAUAGAGCGGCUGGCGUCCGAGAUUCUCGUCCCUCUGAUGUCCCACCAUGCUUUCCAAGGCCUGAUUGACAACCUAAAGUCUUCCUCCCUGGUGUGUAACGUCCAGUCUGAUCGCUUGGGCCCAGAAACCGCUCCCAGCCUCCCUGGUCUGGCCUGCCCAGGAUGGAGGGACCGCCCGGGGGUGGUUUCUCCUAACUCCCCCGUCCCUCUGCUCACAGCCCUGGGGCUUCUACUGGAAACAAUCACAGGAAUCCACAAAGGCCUCAGCAACAAGUUCACCAGCCUCCUCCUGUCAGAGCCUGUGACCAGUUACCUGAGAAGUUGCAGUCAGGCUAUGCCCCCCCUUUGUCACAGCAGAGCCUGGCUCGUCCGUCAUGAACACCACCUCCUUUACCUGCUGCUGCGGCUGGCGCACAGACUGGUGUCCAUUGAACCCGAAGUGGCCAAGCAUGCUUCUCUUUACCACCAGGUGGCGCUGGUUCUGCUGCCUUGGUUGUUACCAGGCAGUGAAUACCUGGGACAUGAACUCCUCUCCACCAUCAUCUUUAACAAGGACUUUAUAUUAGAGGCCCACAGCGGCGGACCCGAGGCCGUCGAGCUGGGAGAGCUGAAACUCCAAGAGGAAACGCACCAACACACCUCUCCCUCUCUGCAGACAGUUGGAGCCCUGCUGAGAGAAGCCUGCAUCCAGCUGCCGUCCAUACGAGGCUGCUUCCUCACUCAUCUGGCCCAUCUGGAGCCAUCCGUGCUGACGUCGCGAGACGCUCUCCUCGGCCGCAACCCCUGGAUCAGCUCCCAUCUCCUGCCAGAGCUCACUGGUCCCAGCGUGCCAUCCGAUUGGCCUUUCCUCCCCCUCGUCAGUCUGUAUGAGCGGACAGGUCUGUCCGAGGGGGGAGGGCUGGAGGUGGAAGACCUCCCGCAGGGCGCCCUGCAGGCGGUGACCCACUGUCUGCAGUGGCUGCUGCUGCUGGAGGUCUGGAGGGAAGAGGCAUUAAAGGUGAUCCUUCCUGUGGCCAAACUCGCCCGCCUGUCCUGUGUGUUCCUGUGUUCCAGUGACUUGUUCCUGGAGAGACCUGUUCAGAAACUGACCUGGGGUCUGUUCAGACUGCUAACCAGACGCUCAAGGCUGGACUCUCUGGACUUGAACGUCCCUCCUCCCGGCCUAGCUUCCUUCCAGGACCUCUACUCUGCUCUUCUCAGCCAGUUCGAAGCGGUGUCCUUCGGAGACCGGCUGUUUGGCUGCUGGCUGCUCUUACCCUUGCAGAGGAGGUACAGCGCCACCAUGAGGCUGGCUGUGUUCGGAGAACAUGUGGGAAUGCUGAGGUCACUGGGAGUCACUCUGGCUCAGCUCUCCAUUCCUAUCGAGCGGUUCACCUCGCCCCCCGAGGACUCCCUCCCUCUCCUCCAUCUCUACUUCCGCUCGUUGGUGACGGGGACCCUGAAGCCCUGCUGGUGUCCUGUCUUAUAUGUGGUCACCUUAUCUCACGUCAACGCUUUCAUCUUCUCUCAGGAUGCUGCAGCGCAGGAGGUUGAAGCAGCUCGGCACAGUAUGCUGAGGAAAGUUCACUACCUGACCGACGAGGUGUUGAGGAACCACUUGCUGCUCUUCCGUCUGCCACAACAGCAGGCAGAGUUUGGCUUUGAUUUGUAUGAGCAACUUCCUCCUAUUCGAGCCAAACGUCUGGCGAGUGUCCUGAGACAACAACAGGGCCGCAGCGAUCACAAAGGAGAUUGAAAGCAGCAGGAAGUGGAAAAAUACAAAAGUAGUUCUGGAGGCGGGACAAUAUGAGACUUGAGAGAAAAGAAAGAGGACAGCAAGUGAGACUUUAGUGUGAAAUUAUAAAAGAUCCUCAUCGAGGUUCCAAGAACAUUAUCUGUUGCCUUUUUUUCUUAAAAGACGCCCAACCAAAGGUACGUUUGGCCUGGCCUCUGCUUGGGGAUCGAUCUUGGCACUCUUGAAAUUGUUUCUUGAAUGAAUAAAACAUGUUUUCAAUUUGA